AUGGAGACGUGUCGGACGCAUUUCCUACGAUUAUCGACCCUACUACCCCCCCCUACGGAUCCCGUCGAUGAUGCUACGGAUAGAGCGGCGCCUGAUACGGACCCUUUACCGCCUGUCAACACCCAGUCUAUGGUCCCCAAUCUCCACAUUACGACGACCGAGGCGGACUUGAUCCGUGGUGAGCUUACGGGCCGUAACGCGCAACCUCAAGGAAUCCCCGCCCCGUCCAUCCGUACAACGCCGUUAGACGAGGCGUCAGGGAACGAGCGGAUCUUCACGAUGGCCUUCCCCACGCUCUAUCCUACGGGCCGCGCAGACUUCAACAGCCCCCGUGUACGGUCCGUAUCCCUUAGCGACUACGACCGUCACCUCCUCUGCUAUCACGACGGCCGUUUCGGACGCCAUCCAUGGUGGCGGUUCUUGGUUUUUAACAUCCUGAUGCGGCGGAAUGCAGCGAGCGCAGCCCGUUUCUACGUGUCUAAAGCGUCCGGCUUGAAAGAUCUCACCCGCGAAGAGCUUGCGGCCGCGUUGCAGGAUGAUACGCAGCUCGUCGAUCAGAUCGUCCGUCGAGGGUCCGAUUUAACAGGCACUCGCCCGUUUUGGCGUAACAAGAGCAAUAGCUUAACCGCGCAGGCCCGUUUCCUCUCGCAAGAUACGUCCCCAGUUUUUGUCACUUUUAGCGCAGCAGAUAUACAGUGGCAAGAUCUCCACCGCCACUUUACGGGCUGGGAAGGCGUAGUAGGUGCUACCGAUACGGUCCGUUACCAGUUUAUCUGGAAAGGGAUUCAAGACAACCCGCAUAUCGUGGCACACUACCUCCAGAUCCGUUUCCGGACGUUUGUACAGACAGUGUUACGGCCGCUCCUGAAGUUUACGGAUCAUUGGGACCGUUUUGAGUGGCAGGCGCGUGGGUCAGGCCACCUCCACUGCCUGCUGUGGAUCCCACCCGCGCCCUCUCUCGAUCAAGAGUCAGAUACGGCCCGCGAAGCCUUCGCUGGGUAUUGGGGCGAGCUGAUUACAGCUUGGAAUCCCGACCCGUUACGGCGCCCUGACCUCCGUAAUCCAGCAUCGCUGCACCCUACGGACGUCGCGAAUACUUCUGAUCAAUUCAAGGCCUUGGUGAACCGGCUCCAGAAGCACUCCAAUUGUACUACGAGCUACUGUCUACGGACGAAUAAAGAGACGAAGCAGUCGAGUUGCCGGUUCUUCUUUCCGCGGCCUCUCUUCGCGGGUGCGACGAUCACCCGUGCCAUUAAUCCGAAGGCGUGGCUGUUCUCGCCGGCCCGUAACGACCAGUUUUUGAAUCAGUGCGCUCCCGCAAUCACUAUGGGUUUGUGGAUAACGUCCGUAAAGAGUAUAUAGCUAACAUAUCUAAGGCUGGCUUGCGAAUACAGAUAUCCAACCGCCGACGAGCCUCCACGCCGUCCUGUCGUAUAUCGAGAAGUACGUCUCAAAGCCCGAAAAGUCGUCCGUAUCGUACGUAGAACUUCAAGCUCAAGUGUUACCGUACGUCCACGACCGUGUACCCUUGCUGUCGUUCGCGUCCAAGAUCUUAAAUAAGCUUAUUGGAGAGCGUGACUGGUCGGCACAAGAAGUGUGCCAUAUCCUCCUCCAAGUUCCCGUCCAAGAUUCGUCGCGGAUGCUCGUAAGCCUCGACUGUCGUCCGCCAAAGGAGCAGCAAGAGCUCAUUAUCCUAGAGUCGGGGAGCGUAACGGCUGGCCGUUCUGUCUUACGGAGGUACUGUGACCGCCUUACGGACGCCCCGGUUAGUCGAGCUCUCUUAACCCUCUCUCUGCACGAGUGGUUACGGACGUGGGACUGGGCACAGUGGAGGCCGCGCCCGCGAGCCCAGCCGCGCGUGAUCAACUACUACCCACGGUACUCAAGCGAUCCAACCGCUCCGUCCUAUACGGACCACUGCCGGGUGAAGCUCAUGCUCCACCACCCGUUUGUCGUGUGCGAGGACUUACUUACGGUCGACGGAAUCGAGUACGGGUCGUUUACGGACGCGUUUUAUAUCUGUCGUACGUCUCAUAACCACCCGUUAGACUUCUAUACAGAUCCGCCACGAGCGGGCGACCACGUAAGCGAGGAAGAGAGCGAGGAAGAAGAACGAGACACGGAUGGAAUAGAGCAACCCCUUGCGGACUUUGAAGCGUUUGCUCGCCGGCGGCCAGGCCGCGAACUAGACUUUACGGACCCGUUAGAUACGUUAGGCGCCCGCGAGUUCGACCGUUCGUAUGACUGGUCCAUUCAUAGCGGCCGUUGGAUUGUUGUACCGGAAGUGUGGAAUCAAAUGAAAGCCGAUCACUUAAUUACGCAAGCCGUAAUAGUCGAUUCGUGUCCGUUGCCGCUAAACCACGAGCAGAGGAAGCUAUGCGACACUGUAGUGAACCACUAUACGGCUGAGUUGAGCCGUCACGGACCGUUGCCCCCCCCCUUGCUACUGAACGUCGACGGUGUAGCUGGUUCGGGCAAGACGUUUACUCUUUUAAAAGCUUGUGCCCGCUUACAAGAACUUGCCACAGACGCCGGACUCUCUAAUCCAGUCUUACGGGCCGCUCCUACAGAUAUUGCGGCCUUCAAUUUCACCAGCAAGACACUCCAUAGCUUAUUACGGCUACCCGUAAAAGGGAAAACGGCCAACUUAUCGGCCGGGACCCUCCAAGCCUUACAAGCUCUCUUCGCCGCCUGUCGGUUCCUUAUUAUCGACGAGAAGUCCAUGAUCGAUCUAAAGAUGCUCUCUUUAAUCGAUACUCGUCUACGGGCGAUCUAUCCGUACAACGAUCAGCCGUUCGGCGGGGUGAGUAUCUUACUUUGCGGGGACUUUUACCAGCUGCCACCCGUUGGCGGGCACCCGUUAUACUCUUGACGGCCGCAACAUAUCGACGCAAUUAGAGGAUCGUGCUUAUACCAGGCGUUCGAUCAAACGGUCCGUUUAGUAGACGUGAUGCGGCAACAAGGAGAAGACGAUAUCGCAGUUCGUUUUCGAGCCGCGCUAAGUCAGUUACGGACCGCAACCCUCUCGCAAGCGAGCUGGGAACUACUUUGUACCCGUACGGCUAAUCAGCUCUCUCCGGACGAGGUUUGCGGAUUUGACGAUGCGUUGCGGCUCUACUAUACGACGGCGGAAGUACGAGAGACAAACUACAACCGUCUCGCGGCUAUAAAUCAACCCGUAAAGAAGCUUACGGCCGAGCACAAAGGCCGCGGUGCGCCCGCCGCAACCGAAGAAGAAGCAGAUAACUUAUCCGCGGAGAUCUACGCCUGUAUCGGUGCCCGUAUCAUGCUUACGACUAACCUUUGGACUGAGAUUGGGCUUGUAAACGGAUCAAUGGGUGUAAUUGAAGACGUAUCGUGGGAUUACGGACGGCAAACGGACCAGCUGCCGUCCGUAAUCUUAAUACGGUUCGAUAGCUAUACAGGUCCUAGCUUUCCCGGUUGCCCUAUAGGUACCGUGCCAGUCUUCCCUCAAACACGGCAGUUUGACUGUAAAGGUAUAGUUUGUUCACGGACGCAGUUCCGUUACGGCUUGGAUAUGCGAUUACGGUCCAUAAAAGUCAAGGCUUAA